CAGCAUCAUGUCAGAAUGGGACGGUGGCAAGAAGGAACCCUUGAAACAGCCCAAGAAGCAAGUAAAGGAAAUGGAUGAGGGAGACAAAGCAUUCAGGCGAAAACAAAAGUAGGAGCAAAAGAAAGUCGUUGAGUUGAAGGCAAAAGCAGUUGGCAAGGGCCCACUUACUGGAGGUGGGAUUAAGAAAUCUGGUAAGAAGGAGCAGAUGGAUGAGACUAUAGGGCAAGAAAAGCAUUCACUCUCAUUGGAUGCUUGGCAGCAGGAUCGAUUUCCAGGCUGAUGUUGUGGCAAACAUUAAUUUGAGCACUUAUGUACAUUUUGUUCAAACAAAAUA